AUGCGCCUCUGCAUCGCUGUCUCCACUGCCUUGGUCGCUAGUCGUUUUGUCCGUUCGCUUCCCAACAUUCUUGAGUCGACGUGCCAGCGCGAGCGCAGGACUUUCAUGCACCAUGCCGAUUGUAUCUGGGGUCGUCAGUGGACGCAUCUGGUGGUCCGCUCCGAUCAUAUCGGACAGGAGAUCGAUGAACUCGUCAGCGCGACAGUCAGGAGGCUGCAUCUUGCUGAUAGGCCAGUCAUGCAGACGCAUCUUGCCUUUCACGCCACAGGGCUCCACUGUUACGUCAAUACGUCUCCACGGCAGUAUCUGCUGCAAAUGACACAACAUUUGGUGCGGGAACUCGACCUCCUGCUUGUUGUCGCAGUCGAAUCCUUCAAUACUGGGAUGUCUCGGGUCACAGCUCGCAUCAAGCCCCAGUUCUUCCUCCUCGAUUUCAAUCGAUGUAUCGAUCUUCGAGUUGAGUUUCUCCAAGAAUGCGGCGUACCCUAG